AUGGAUAAGAUUGAGCCCUCUGGCUGAAGCAUCGGCGAGAUGCUAGACUCGAUUUAUCCUACGUCUCCUCAUCCCCAUCUCCGCAUUCUCAUCAGUGUCAUUAUUACUAACAUUCUACCCCCCUCUUCUUCUUCUUCCCUUCUCGAAACUUCUGGUUGGAUGACCUGUUUUAUCUUUGAGUUCAGUUAUCGCUGUGCUUAAAAUCUCAGGUCCUACUUUCAAGCCUUCGGCAGCAUCAAGGAGUGCAUGAUCAUGCGAGAUCCGCUGACGAAACGCUCUAGGGGCUUUGGUUUCGUCACGUUUGUGGACGCUGCCUCUGUUGAAAAGGUGCUCGAAACUGGGCCGCAUUUUCUAGACUCUAAAAAGCCGUGGAAGAGAAUUCAGCCUGUCGCCAUACUUCCCCAGCGCUACGAUGCGGGCAGAAAGGGUGAGACCAACAUUGACGUCGGCACCGGUGAAAAUUUACCUCGGCAAAGUACAUUCUCUUCCAUAGAGUGCCGUUCUGCCCAUAUCAGCUUUGUAGCCAAGUUUCCUGUGCGCCAACUGUUGGUGCUUUUAACAAGUAAUUCAAUCUUUCUGCCCUCACAGAUUGACCCCAAGCUGGCUGUACCUCGGAAGCCUGCACCUAACCUUCGGGCCAUGACGAAAACGAACAAGGUUUUCAUUGGGGGUGUUGCUACUAGCACAACCAACGAAGAACUCAAGGAUUACUUCUGCCAGUUCGGAAAGGUGAGCCCUGCCUCUCUCUCCGUUGUUUUUCAUGCGAUAGCAUGGUUUGCAUUAUCAGCACGAGGGGAUGUCUUUCGAUAA